GCAAAAACUACGACAACCAGAUCUCAAGCACAUGGUAAGCACAAUCCCUUUUUCUCUUCUCGUCUACUGCAACAAUAUGAUUACAAAACCGAUCUGUCAAUCCCCUGACACCAGUUAAACUGGACAUGAUGUCUAAAAAAUGUUUUAAUUUAUGAUUCUGUUGCCUUUCACCUUGAGAUUGAUCAUCAACAUUAGCAAUGGCAGGAUGCUAACUCGAGUCUCAAUAUAGUGAUCCGCCCCUGCUCAGGCGAACCAAGUAUCUGCAAUGGCAAUGUCAUCGGAUUUCGUUACGGAACCUAUUCCAAUCUCAUUGAUUGCUGGCCGUUAUCUGCUAUUCGACGUUAACGUCGUGACUUACCUUCGCAGGAACCACCAUAUAUGCAGUUCGCUCAUUGGUAGCAUUCCACAAGCUCCGCAACAGAAUGUCUUCUUUGGCCUCCCAAUGGAGCUCAUGCCUGAGGAGGCAAAGUUAUUGGUUGAGAAAGAGGUCGCAUACAUCAUCGAUGAUAAGGCAUGGCACAAGCAAACUCUGUUCAACACCUUACAAGGUGCAGAUAAGCAAGCAUAUCUGGAUUCUCUGAGAUCCACUGGUCUGAACGCCAGGAAGGCAGCUCUUCAUGAAGCAAAGAAGAGGACUGAUGCUGGUCUGGCAAGGUACGCCGCCAAGAAGGCUCAAGAACUUGCAGCUGCCGGUACGAAAGACACACCUCAGAGCGGUAGUCCCGACACAUCUUUCAAAGAUACUUCGAGUGUCACCGAAGAUUCUGCCUCGCUUUUGGAAGAAGAGUCAACGCAGUCUGAACAGUCAAGCACCACUGUCAAGUCAACAGCAACUCUGGCAUCAACUCCUUUUGCAAUCACCCCUACCACAAGUUAUCCCACCUCAUCGCUUCCGCAAAACUCUUCUCAGCAGCCAGAUCCACCGGUCUCGUCUUCAUAUGCACUUUUUGCCCACUUGCACUAUCGCGACUACUUCAUCAUGCCUGGCCUGCGGUUUGGAUGCAAUUACAACGUUUAUCCAGGUGAUCCUCUUCGUUUCCACAGUCAUUUCCUUGCCACGAGUUAUGAUUUCGAUCAGGAUAUUCCCAUGUUUGACAUAAUCGGCGGUGGCAGGCUGGGCACAGCUGUGAAGAAGGGCUUUCUUAUAGGUGGUGAGGAUCCCGAGGCAGAAGGGACUAAGACUGGCGACAAGGUCAGGACCUUCUGCAUUGAAUGGGGAGGAAUGUAAGAUGGCUUGUAAUGGUUUUACUUUUGAUCAUCAUAAUGCGAAGAUACCCAGCUAUAUUCAGCUACCGCUUUAGUGUUUGAGUGUAAUGAAAUUUUUGCUAUGACUCAAUGAUCUUCUUGGAUAUUGCUGUGCAAUUUUGACAUUGCAGGAAGAUAACAUGAGUGGAUACAGAACUGCGCAUAACAAAUUUCUAGAGUAAUCUCGCGUACACACAGUGACUACAGAUGCUACUUGAUGACAG